GCGCGAUGACACCAACAGCAACGCGUCUGUGGUGCGAGGCGCAGAGUGCUAUGGCCGUGCUGACCCAGCCGCAUCUUGCGCGGUGCAUCUUUGCGUACCAGUCAAGCGCUCUCUCGAUGGCGCUCGCCCUGACCUUUCGGCGACUCAAAGCAGCGCUGGCGCGGAAUCCAGCCCUUGUCGUUGCCGACGGUGCGCCAUUCAGAGGCUACGUCUUGUGCAAACUCGUCGAAGCACGGCAGACGGCGCUGGCCCUCGAGCUCUUGCGCUGCUUUUCAGCGCCGUACGCACUUCGCCUGGCGGCCAUCGAUGACGCCAGCGUCUACGCCAUUGACAACGCUGUGCGCACACAGAACGUCGAGCUGCUCCGGCGGCUCCUCGAACGUGGUUUUGGCAAAUCGUCCACGGCCGCCAUGGACACGGCGGCCGCCAACGGCAGCGUGAUCAUGCUGAAGCUGUUACACGAGUACCGCUCGGACGGCUGCACCAAGGUCGCGUUUCAAGCCGCUUCGGAGCAUCGACAUACCCACGCUCUAGCGUUCCUUCGCCGCUACCGACCACUGGAUGUGAACGUACAGCCUCCGCGGAGAGUUACCGGUGGGUUUCUCCCGCCCGAGCUCGCCAGAGCCGUGGGGUCGGGCAGCAUGAUGCCUCAACCGUCCGACACGAUGCAAUGUGUCGUUCAGUAGCAAGCCCUCGCAUUCGAUUCCCUUUUUGCGCCUUUCCAAGAAUAAGAAACUACAAUCUCAUUGCUCCAGAA